CAACGAGUCCUCCUCCGUCAUGUGACUCGUGACCCCACUGAUCCCUGGGCAGAAAAAUGGAAAUAGAACCGCAGCCGAUGAUGAGACGCUGCAGGGAUCAGUCCAUCAAAUCAACUAGAUGAUCGGCAGGAAAUCUGGACAGUUGUUUGAAUGAUUCCCGUCUGGACUCGUCGUGUCAGGACAUUAGUCAACGUGUGAGUCUGUGACUGGUUGUUCGGCCUCUCCCCUCUGGGCCCAACACAAUGAAAUGUCGGCAGACAGGAAGUGAUCAGACCCAGCUGCUUCCACUGCGCCUGCGACUGUCCCGUGUCCUUCACCUGGUUCCAGUCUGCUUCACUGACACCUGCUGCUGCUGUGACCUGUUUUACCUGAAUGACAGAACGUUGUGAGAGGUGAAGACGCACGGAGGCGUCCGUCCGUGUGCAGUAAAGUAGAGUCGCCUCAUCUCCAGGAAUAAAAGUCACAGCUCGUUCCCUGGAUCUGGACUCACAGGUCUUAUCGGCUUUGUGUGGAUGUGGAUCGUGACAAUCUCCUGUCAAGGUUCUCACGACUUCCUGUCCAGGUAUCUGUCGUCAUGUGGGAUCCUGAUGACGCGAGCUCCGCCCCCUCUGCUGGGCGCCGCCAUGCCGGGGCGCGGCGUGGUGCUGCCGGCCCGCAGCUUCUUCAACCUGGCCGACUCCUUCUCCAAGAAGAAGGAGUACUCUGAGAGACGCAUCAUCGGGUUCUCCAUGCAGGAGAUGUACGAGGUGGUGGCCGGCGUGGAGAACUACCGCCUCUUCGUCCCCUGGUGUAAGAAGUCUGACGUGGUGUUCCAGCGCUCCGGCUUCUGUAAGGCCAAACUCACCGUGGGCUUCCCCCCCGUGGUGGAGAACUACACCUCCCUCAUCACCACAGUGCGCCCCCACCUGGUCAAGGCCGCCUGUUCAGAAGGGAAACUGUUCAACCACCUGGAGACGGUUUGGCGCUUCAGUCCCGGUCUCCCUGGUUACCCUCGCACCUGCACCGUCGACUUCGCCAUCUCCUUCGAGUUCCGCUCGCUCAUCCACUCGCAGCUCGCCCACGUCUUCUUCGACGAGGUGGUGAAGCAGAUGGUCUCGGCGUUCGAGCGUCGGGCCUCCAAGGUUCACGGCGCCGAGACGAGGAUCCCCCGCGAGCUCAUGUUCCACGAGGUCCAUCACACGUAGCGUCGAUGCCAAAGAGGAAGAGGAGGGAGGAGGAGGAGGAGGAAGAGGAGGAAACCCUGCAGUGCCUUUUGUCUCACCAGCUAACGACCAACUUCAUUCCCAAGAAUUUACCGAUAAAUCAGCCGAUAUAUAUAUUUAUAUUUAAAAGAAAUUUGGCAAUGAUUCUUAAGACGUCGUUAUCAAACCUUUAUUACAACGAAUCGUAAUCGAGGUUUGAUAUUUUACAGUUUAACCACAAACUUUAUUAUAUAUGAAGAAAAACUCAAAUACAUCCACAUAUAUAGAACUUGAAUUAGGAAAUUAUUUUUUCUUUUAAGUGCACAAUCUUUUAUAUGAACGCUGAUACGUUACGUCUGUGAAAGGAUCGUAUCGGCCGGUAUUAUCGAUAAAUCGGUUGGGUUUAUGUAUAAAUACAUAAAUAGGGUUAAAAUAAAUAAAUAUGAAAUAAGACGAAGCUGCGUCAGAGAGAAAUCAUCAUGAGGAGGAUUCACCACGACCAUGUUCAGACUAGUGAUUGAGAAUCAAAUCAACGUCACGUUUAUUCUUGUUGCUCGUUUGAAGAAAAGUAGCAAAUCUUCAAAUGUAAAUAGUUCACGAAAAACUUCUCUACUGCUUCAGCUUAUUUGUCUUUAUUAUUAUUUUUAUUAUUAUUAUUAAUUUCAAACAGAACUCAGGCUCUUGUGUUGAGUCGCCGUCAUCGAGGAUCUUCACUUAGCUCGACUUGUUUUUGUGAGUAAAAAGUGAAGGAUUUCCACUUUAGUCCCAAAACUUUUUACAGUUUCAUAAACGCAGGUCGUUGACCUUCGACCUCUGCAACAUUUAUCUCUGUUUUUUUUAAACAUUAUACUCAUUUUAAUUGUAUUUAUUGCUUCAAGUGUAAAUAUUGGUUUUGAUCACGAGAGAAAAGACGCGUGAACAGAAAAUGGGUUUGUGUGUUUUUCUUGCUGACGGAGGAAAAGGAACUUUUUGUGUAAAUGAUGUUGAAUGUUGAACGAAACAUGUAACUGCAUGAAUUAUAAAGUAUUUUUUCUAUAAAAAACAAAACUCUCA